AUGCAAUGCGCAAGCAAGGCCGCCGAGAGCGCGUCUGCACGUCUCUGUGCGGACGCCGAAGCAGAAACUACAGCAACUGAUGUCCCAUCGGUUGCUGAAUCGACUCAGCCUGUAUCACCUGGUGAUGCAGGCGCUGGUCAUGAAGACACUCGUGUCUUCACAGAGUACGAGCUCGGUGUCUCGUACUCUCCUGAUACGGAUGACGGAUCCGUAUCGACGGCAAUUGAAUCCAAGCCGCCUGCCAAGCGUGGCAUGGACGAUGCUUUGCGUCGCAGCAUCUUUGGUUCAUCUGAUGAGUCAGAUGAACCAUCGCCGAAGCGAAGGCGCUCGAGGUCGCGAGACUCGGGCGCUAACAGUGGUGUCGGUUCUCCUAUGGACACCACUUCGCAACAAGGUGCCAGUCCUUCUGUCGGCACAUCGCAGGAAGAGCGGGACCGCAAUUUCUUGCGUCUCGCUCCCGAGAAGAAGGCAUGGAAGCCUCCUAAAUCUGUCAUGGAUCACUUGUCGGCGACGACGAGUGAUCGUUAUCGAACACGGUUGUUCGAUUCGUCAAGGAUCCAUCACCUAGACCCCAGUGCGAAAAACUAUCGCGCUGAACAUGAAUUCUUCAUCGAUGCUUUCUUUAAACAUCGAUGGUACAGUGGGAAUCACAAACGUGAUGGUCCCUCACUACUUCAAGCGUGGAACGCUUACAUCCAUAACCUUGAGGAUGUAGGUCGUGACGUUUGGAACGACAAACUUAUCAAAGCUCGUGAUAAGUUUGAAAAGCGAACCCCGACAGCCCGUGGUGGCGCGUACAUAUCUCUAGAGAUGUACGAAUGGAUUGACAACCUGAAAUCCCUUUACGACCGUGCCGGGAAGACUUUCUCGGGCGGUCCUUCUGCGGCACAGGAUGUGCCGCGUCGUACUGCUCAAUCAGACCCAGUACGUCAACCAUCAGUUGGGAGCGGGGCUCCCAAGUAUCCCAGGACGGGGGAUAGCCGCGCCACCGGACGAGAUAACUCGUCCGACGUCCGUUCACGUCGCGGUGGUUCAACAGCCGCUCAACUAGAUAGCGCUGGCCACCGCGAGAGUCCUCUAAUGGAGGUGGAGGAGGAGGGAAGACGCUCUCCACGCGAUCGUGGGGAUCCGUGUGUUCCCGAGAGCUUCUUUGAUUGCGUAACGCAAGGGUUACGCGGCGAUCUCGAACACGAGCGGGACAGGCGUCUCCAACUGGCGGACACUGUCUCGAGGCAUCGAGCUGAGUUUGCCUUUGCUCAGCUUGAGAACGAGAGAGCUCUGACGUCGCUGCGUGACGAGCUAAGGGUAGAUCGUGUGGAUAUUGAUCGGUCUCGGGCUGAGAUAACUGCUCUUCAGAUCCUUGUCGAUGCCCAUCAUCGGAAGCACAAGGCUCUCUGCGAGAUGCUUGAGCGCAAGGGCGUUCUUCAUCGGAAGAAUCAGCGUGCUAAUGGUACGGCUUAA